CGGUCAAACCGCUGCGGACCAUAGUAAUAUGCAGACGACGGGGCAUCCUAUUUGACCCAAAAUCAUCUCUUGCUCUUCUACAUCAUGGAUUACAACUCUUCUGGCUUGACCGAGGAUGAUUCUGCUGCGAGUCUUUGGCAGGGGCCUGCAGAACAAGAGGCCGUCGGCAAACAAGCGCGUGCUGGGAAGCACACAUACCAGGGACAACAAGAUUAUGAGAAAAGCCUGCAUCAAGAACUACAGAGUGUCCGUCAGGUUAACGAGGCAAUUGAAGGCGUUAUACGGAGCCUCCACAAGGCGAAAGGCAAUAUGAGAACUGUGAACAAUACUGUCUCAGCUGCCUCACAUCUUCUGAAUACGUGGACAAAAAUCCUGUCUCAGACCGAACAUAACCAGCGUCUUAUCCUUGACCCUUCAUGGCAAGGCACCAGUCAAGAUAUCGCGGAUAUCGAAGAGGAAGCCCUGGAAAAACAGCGCGCUGCUGCUCGUCGAGAAGCCGAACAGGAGGAGAGGAAGAGAGCCGCAGCAAGACAAGCAGAAGAGGAACAGAGGCGCAAAACUGAGACGGCCACCAAGCCUACGAGGGGGGCUUCGCGAGGUACUGGAAGAAUCGGUGCAUCAGGAAGAGGCGCCGCUCCAAGCACGCAAUCCACAUCUUACACGCAGGUAGGCGGCGCUAAUACCAACAGCAUAAAGCGAGGAACAAGCUCCAGCAGAAGAACGACGUCAGGACUUGGGCGAGGGGCAACUGGUAGAGCUCCUCGAGGCCGUGGUUGAAUUCUGCCUUCCGUUUAAUGGGUUUAACUUAUUUUGCCACUGCCCCUUGGAUCUACCGCAGAAAUCUGUGAUACACAACGAGUGGCAAGGACGAAUGCAAUCUCGUCGCUACCUAGGGAAUCUGGAAAGUUGGAAGCUUGCCAACGUGCAAAAAAGUUUUUCUCAUGGGCUCCUCUGAUACCGGAUGAUUCAGAUAUCUCUCUGACCUCACCGCGAUCCGCACGAGCCAGGUGGGACAUCAUUUGUUCUCCAAGCCUGGUCCAUCACUAGAGCGCGGAAUGGAAGCGAGGGCCAAGUGAGCAGGGUUGAACGUAUACCGCUCAUUUCGCUGCUACUGAUGCGUUGAAAAGGGGCGGUCAAGCCGGCCAAACCGUCUUGCGUGCUUUUAACUGCGGCACAGCGCAAGUAAGCAGGGCUAUCAGAUAUCCUCGGUUCAAUCUGGGUUACAGUGAUACUGAUUGACAAAACCUGGCGGGAAUGAGGGCAGAGCAACUGGAAAGGGAAUCUGGUUUGCUCGAAAGGAUGCAAUCGCUCUCUGCCAGCGCAGAUUACAGAGAUCACAGCAUGUCAAAAAGGAACAUGGUGGUGAGACGACAUUAAGCCUCGAUUCAAGAAUGGCCUCAUUGCUGCCGGACAAAUCUACGACCUGGUGUUUGACAGGGGCAGUCUCCCGCGCAACCAGUCCAGAUACAAUGAGGGACUCUGCCGCUCAGCCAAGUGCAAUAACAAUGGGAGAAGAUGCAAUGAUUCAAGCGCGAUUAAGCCUGCCC